UAUAUGUAAAAAGAAACUGUAAACAGAUGAAUAACAUAUUAGAGAAAAUAAAUUGAGAAAACAAAACUUUCGAAAUUAGAAGAACAUUACAUGAACUGAUUGUUACAGAGACUUAGAUUGAUAUUUAAAUUAAAAAUAACAAAAAGACUAUAUACUUUAGUUAUAUGUAAAACAUUAACCGAAACAACGUACAACGAGAAAUAUACGAAUCAUAGAAGAAAUUUAGCGCAGUAAAAGUUUGGAAUUAGCGUAAGCAGAUUUUCCUGAUUAAUUUAGAGAUUCAUUUGGCUUAGUCGCCACCCCCACAACUAAAUUUUACACAGGCGUGGCUGGACGGGGAAUGGUAAAUCACGGCACCGGGUAGGAAAACCGUGGAACCCGUGGAAGCUCGAAACGCGGAAUUUAUAGACACCUUCAAAAGAGCUUUCGUCCGUCACAACAAACACGUCUCGGCAAUCCAGCCUGGUCAUCCAUCACCCAACCUCGCCACGCUGGAGUUGUGCUCUUCCACGCGUGAUUUUCAAUCGUUCCACGCCUGAUGCAUUAAUUUCAAUCCGCGAAAACACACCAAUCUCAGCCUACCCUCGAUUAAAACGUCUGCGAACCUGGGCGCCGAUACUUGAUGCCUCGAGUUACACCAUUGUUGCUUGAGAAGAUUUAUGGUGCUUGGUUUAUCCAUGUAUGCAAGUGGUAGAGCAUGGAGGAGUAUAUGUUCAGGCAGCUUCCAGGAUAUAACCAAUAUAAAAAGAUGUAUGAAACGGAUUAGUAGAGGUACAUUGAUAUUUUAGGGGUGGUUUAUAAUUAGACUGAUCAGGAUAAUUAAACCUAAUAAGGAUUACGUAGAGAAAUAAUAAAAGAAGCAAAUUGGGAGAAUAUAAUUGUAAAAGAUACUGAACUAUGGACGCUAAAAUUGAAAAUAGAUGAGAUGAAUUAGUAGAGAUGAGUCGAUAUUGUAUGAUAGUUCAUUAUCAUCUAGUUAUGAUUAAAUGGGCAUCAAUAAAUGAUUUAUGUAUGGCGUUAAAAAAAAAAGGGAUCUGAAGAAAGAUUCAUACUCGAAGAAAGGAACGCUAUCACAAUGAUGAGUAAACGAAAGGAAGCCGAGGAAUCGCGCGUUUUCGCGCCAAGUGAAUGCAAAGUUUCGCACAUCGGAGCGUGUUCCUGGCUAUCCCCCGCUUUAUUCUCACUGGCUCCUCACGAUAUAAAUAUUCAACAUGGGUCGUCCCUCGAGCCUUCUAUCCUUCUCCAUCAUAUCUCCCUUUCCACUUCUUCUCCCUACUCACAGCCUACCAUCUCUGUCGCACACAUCAUCCAGCCAACUUGUACUCCGUCUUUCUAGCCUCUCCACUCUUGCAGAUCAAGAUCACCGAGGCAACACAGAGAGAUCAUCAAUCAUUCCGCAUAAAACUUUAUAAAAUCUCCAUCAACAAGAUCUGAAAACCAAAUACUCAGAUGAAACAAACCUUUAAGUAGCAUAUCUCACAAAUACAAAACUAUACUCUCAUGCACUCGAAUCUCUUCUUUAUACAAGAAGCGAAGAGACUUCAUUACAAAAAAAAAGAGAUAAAUCAGGGGAACUAAAUGGGAAAAAAAUAUAAAUCGUCUGAAAGUGUCCAAAUUCCACUUUCACCCAUCUCAUCUCUCCCCUCCCGGGUCUGUCUACCUCUUUGAUAAUGGCUACAACUUUGUAGAUGCCCGAUCGCGUUCUCCAACCUCCCAAACGCCCUUUCAGUGCAUCUUUUUCUUUCCAACAGAGGAAUCUCGUGGGUGGGGACUGAUGGACGCGACGGAUAAAAGAAACCGUCCCAGAACGAGGGAGGGAUUAGGUUAGGAAGACAGAGGGGCCAGGUAGGGGAGCAGUACGCGGUGAAGGGUAGGGGUACGGUUCUAUAGCCGGAGGCGGGGUUCCUGGUUGACAUGAAGAGGCAGUCCGAGGGCCGGUUCCUUCAGACGACUCUGAACUUUGGAGCAGAGACGUAUGUUUAUUGGUAACCUUAGCCACCAGUCGUUCUACCCCGUGUACCGUUAUAUAGUAUCCUUUACAGUGUAUCCAACAGUGGUGAUUAGUUGAAAAUAGCUGCAAAGUGGAUUUCAAAUAUGCAGCCAGUGAGUCUUCAGGCGCAGAGGAUCCAAGGACUUUAUCUUCUAGAUAACAACGACAGCUCUGGCAUUCCACAUAGCGCUGACAGCUCUGCUAGCAAUUCUCCUCAUCAUUACGAGAGAUUUUCACCUUCAAAACAUUUGAUGGAUCUCAGUAGCCCUCCGGAACACAGAGAUGACGAGGAGCUUGGAUAUCAAGCCCAUCAUCAUCUUCAUCAUCACCACCACCAAGUGGUCUAUCAAGAACCUACUUAUUUGAUGUAUGAAAACUCUGGCGAGAAAAGGUACCAGGAGCAUCCCAAUGGCAAGAUCCUGAGAGAGCUUCAGACCGAUUAUGACAGGCGUCCCCAUGAUAAUUCCCCAGGAUUCUUAUCAGACCAUAGCAGAGAUCAUGAACAAAGUCUUUAUUUGACACCAUCACCACAGAUGUACUCCUCCGGAGGUGAAGAGAUGGCACCUAGACAAGCACAACAGGGCUACCAUCACAUGGAGGCGAUUGAAUAUAAGCCUGAUAUAGAGCAGAGGUGCAAGCAAGUAGAGAAGAAAACUUAUGGAAGAAAAAGAAAAUCUUGCAGUAGUGAAAACAGUGUAGUCUCAACGAAGAAUAUUAGAAGAAAGAGUGGAACUUCUGAAGAAAUACACAUUCAGAGAGUGAUGGCAAAUGUGAGGGAGAGACAGAGGACUCAGAGUUUGAACGAGGCGUUUGCUGCGCUCAGAAAAAUCAUACCCACGUUGCCCAGUGACAAGUUAAGCAAGAUUCAAACGCUAAAACUGGCCACUAGGUAUAUCGACUUCCUGUUCCAGGUGUUGCACUGCAACACGGAAAACACCGAUGGCGGCGAGGAUGGUGGUGAGUCUUCUGGUGGAGUUUUAGUUCGCAUUCCUUCAAUUUAUGCGAAAGAAAUCCAAGAAGCGCUGUCCUAGCUGCCAGAGAAAUAACUUCGUCGUCGUGCAGUUACAUGGCCCACGAGAAACUCUCGUACGCUUUUAGCGUUUGGAGAAUGGAAGACGACUGGAAUUCUAAUGUCUAGAGAAGUCUGUGUCACGCUCAACAAGGUAAAAGUUACUUAAAACCCUUAAUCAACGCUUGGACACUGUGUAAAUACUUCCAUAAACCUCAGGACACAGAGCUUCGAGAAGGCUCGACGAUUAUUUAAUCCCCAUGCCGUACAAUUCCCACGAAGUUCAAAUAGCGUGUGGUAAACAACAACAACGUUCGAAAUUGUGUAAAUCGUACAGUCGCCUCUGAUAUGUAAAUGCAUGUGUAAGAUACAACUAAUUUUCAUUUGCAAGAUGUUUGAUAAGUAGUUACUACCGAUUGAGCAUUGAACAAGAAAGAUUUAUUAUCUUGAAAUAAAUAAUAAAUCAAUAACAUCGAUAUACUAAGUCUCUCAUACGUGUUAUUUAUGUUUGGCCUGAUCGACGUAACACGUCUCUCGCACGUGUUGUUUAUGUUUAGCCCAAUCAACAUACCACGUCUCUCGCACGAUAUUGUAGGUUAAGCAAUAUAACAUAUUAUCACAAAAAGGUGGAAAUCACGCAAGUUCAUUAUAAAGUGAAGCGUGGAUUUAUUUUCGCUGGCACGAAAAUAACGAGAUUACGACUGAUCGGAAGAAGAUAAUAUAAAUUGACGGUUUGAAAUUGUUUGUACACUGUGAAUACUUGUAUCUAUAGGAAAUUUGAAUAUGCAAAAAUCUACAGGAUGCAUAUACCGUGCGAGAAUAUAUAGAAUAUCCAUAGCAAAAGAAGCAUUUGUCAUAUUUAGUUUCUACAUCUUUGGUUGUAUCUAUACAAAUUUGAAUUAUCGUGACCAUCCAAUCUAGUCUACCGAUUAGCAUCCUUCAGAUCAAAAAUUGAAUUUUCCACUUCUCAUGUUACUAUUAAAUGAUAUAUACUAUAUUCUGAAGCAAUCUAUAUGGAAAAACCAAAGAUUUGAUGGUGAAGAGAUGCUGUCACACUUGCUGACCGUUGUACAUAAAUAAUUAACAGCAAUUAUUCGUAGUGGAGGGCCAGUGACGUGCUUUAUUGACCGCUCUUUGAAAUAUAAUCGCGACAGUCGACUUUACGCCGCUAUAGAUCAACGGUUAGGUCUAUACGAUAUAACGUAAGCCAAUAAUUUACGCCUCCCCGUCGCUCUAUUAACAGUGGAGUGGCUUUGGCCGGCUAGCCAAUUCCUCCGCAAUUUCUGUACCGUGUGAAAGCGUAUGGAGCAUCUUAUUAACUGAUCUCUUCUCGCUUCCGUCAAUGUGAUCAGGUAUCGUCCAAAAUCAUCAUGUUGGUUACGUCGGUGAUAUUGGAAUUUGGUUAAGAAGAUUUAUUAAUUUUAACGAAUCUAAAUGACGAAAAUGAUGAAACAUAGUUCACAAUGAUCUUAUAGUUACUCUCGUUUAGUUAAUUGGUGUUUUUGAUAUCUGCAAUUUCAUAGUAAAGUAAGCAUUUAUAAAUUUUGAUGAAUCCAAUUAUUGGAAAUAUUUAAUUAAUUUGCAAGUUUGAAUAUUUAAGGAUUUGAUAAUUUCCAUAAUUGUUUAUUUUUCUAUGUAUUACUGUGAUAAAUGAAUUUAUCAAAAAAGAUAUAGUUGAAGUGGAUACUUUUUUAAGAUGUUUGCCUGCAAACAUUAGGAAGAGGGCUCCUACGUACAAUGAAGUCAUUCAAUGGCCGAUUAUUGCCCAGAUUCCCGAAAUGAUUUUCUCUUGCUACUUUCAUUACCUCUCGAAACGCUGGCCAGUCCAUUAGGGUGAAUUUAUGGUUCUGGAGGCUUCUGCUUCUAAAUGAAAAGUCAGCAAGGUCGCGUGUUCUGCAAUUGCCAACUAGAGAAACAGAACAUUGUGAAUAUAACAUUUCUAUUCUAAACAAAUAUUGCCGAUUUUUUUUUAAAUUUCUACUACAACUUUUAGUAAUUUGUACAAAUUCAUACCAAUGUAAAUUUCUACAAUACAAUAGUCCCAUCAACGAUAAGGAGAAAACUUGUUGCAUUUAUAAUGCAUUUUCCUAACAUUUUAAUUUUAACACACACAGUUUCUACCAAUUCGUAUAAUUUUUCAAUUGCAAAUUUCAUUAAAAUUAUACGUACAUCAGAAUAAUUUCAAAAUGAUACAGCAAGCACCAGCAAGAAUUCCCUGAACUCGUCCGAUUUUCCUUUCCCAGAUUCACGAUAGACAGUAGCGUCAUUGCUACAAUUUUACGAGUUUUUUUUACGAGCCUCGAUGAUCGUGGCAGGCUAACGUCUCG